AUGACAAACCGUGAUAAAAUCUACUCAAGUCUGCUGUAUCAACUAAUCAACAGUGUCAGUCUGGAAAAUGAUAAUAACAAAUUGCGCGAAUUUACGGAUUAUUUGAAGGAAAUCUUCAAAUAUUCGAAUGAGGCACACAAGCAAGUCUUCGAAAACGUUCGUGCUUUGCCAAAGCCGAAUAGAAUUUGUGAUUUGACUGUAAUUGAGGCGAUAGAUUUGCAGUUGGACGUGCUACCGAACGAGAAUCCACCAAGAUUGUUCGUUACAGCAGAAUUUGGAGAUGCAACUGAUGAUAUAAUUCAAUAUACGAAAAUUUCGGAAAAAAUGGUGUGGAAUGAAACGAUGUCACUACUAUUGGACGAAGCAAAAAUGGACGAUAGUUUGGUAAUUCGAAUUUGGAACAACUAUCCUCGCAAAGAAGAGGCAAUUAUCGGUCAAAAGUUCUUCGAAAAUCUCUUUUUCAACAAAGUAACGGAAAGUUCACCGAUUGAGGAUAUUGUAAAGGCAGGAAAACGUGCAAGUUACAUCUUAGGCAAAGCAACAAUCCCAAUGAAAGCCAUUACGCCUUCCACAAUCUUCACUUGGCAAAUAAUUGACAAAAAAGAUCCUCGUUUUCGAAAAAGUUUGAUCAAGCUGAAAGUUGAUUACACAUUGAAAGAGAACGAAUAUUUCUUUCCCGACUCCACAGUCGAGUACAGCGUUCUGCUCGAAACACUUUUACGUUACGAAUUAGAAGAAUCCCAUGUGUCCGGUUACUGGUGGGACGGAAAAUUCACAAAAUUAGGUUCGAAUCUGCUGGAACACUACAUAAAAAGCAAACAUCUCUCGAAAUCGUUGAUUAAAUUAACACAAUGGCAAAUCGCGUGUAAAGUCCAAGGCACACAUCCGCUUGCCUAUUCCUUGUUUCACGAGAUCGUGGAUGACAUUGCGACCUUUAUCCACAACAGUAUUUACACAGAUCAGCAACUUGUGGAAUUUUGGAAGUCGAGCGUUCAGUUGUUGGAGAAUUCCGUUGCAAUGGUCAAAAAAUUUGAUUUUGACAAUGAAAAGCGUGUCACGAAUUUGUUAAAAACGCUUCAAAAAAUCUCAAGUAUUGUGUCGAUGUCGAAAAUGGGUCUUCUGGGUGGUGCUAUGUUCGAUCAGGAGCCUCAGAAUGAAAUUGACAAAAAGGCACGAGACUCAAUCGAAGAAAUUCUCGUAGAUGCAAUCAAGGAAAAUGUGAAAAUUUGGUUCGAGACGCACGUUAGUCUAGGAGUUACAAAUCGAGACGAGGAAGAUGGCUGGAUUUCAAUGGAGAAAAAUUUGAAUAAGUUUGAGUUAGAAAAGCUGUGUCAGAUUUUGUCGAAAAUGCAACAACGAUUAAGUCUUAUCAAGGAUGUCUAUGCAGUGCCCUUCAAAAAAUUCAUGAACAUAAAUUUGCCAGAAAUUUAUGUUACCGAGUUAGAUACUGUUUUCAGCGAUCACACUCUCUCCAGGUUGCAACAAAUAACGGCAAACGUCGAUUUUGACAUUGAUCCGAGCAAAGUUAAUUAUGAAGAACAAAAAUCGCUUCAGGAUCAUUUGAAACUUUUCUACCUAAAAUUGAAAAACUUCAACGAAAUUAUCAUGAACGGAUCAAUGCCAUCAUCAAAGAAGCCUUUAAAAAUUUCCGAUAACCACAAGUGGUUCGACAACUUUGUCACGGUUUGGUUUAAAAUUCUCGGUAUCGAGACUCGAAAAGGUAUCAAAAAAGCCAUUAAAUUAGACGAAAAAUUAAAUCUCCCAGGAUCGAGUCACACAUCGUCUGCCGCUGAUACUUUUGACUUGCUGUACGUUCUUUUGGUGGAAUUUAAGCAAAUUGUUCGAGUGGAUCACGACAAGGCCUUCAUGAUUGCUUCGGAAGUUGUUUCAGAAAUUUGUGACUCUAUAAUUGCUUAUUUUGAUGAGGCAUCUGGUACAUUAACGCCAUAUUGGACGUCAAAAUCAGAAGAAACUUCACUUGAAAAGGCUCUGGUCGAGAAAUUUGGAGAUGUAAUGAACAACGUUGAGUACCUUGCGAAUAAAAGUUCCGAAAUUAUUGAAAGUAUUUACACGCACAUCCUAAAUUCCGAGGACAAAAUGAUGACAAACAAGAAAUAUCCAGGACUUGCACACCUUCAUAGCAAUUUGGACAAGAAAAUUUUGGGAUUAAUUAAACAGUUGAUAAGUUCAAAAAUUUUGCCACAAUUUCAACGACAUCUGAAGGAAGCAUUGGCUUUUAUCGGAAAAGAUAUAUACGCAUUUUUGCCAGUCACGAAAUAUAUUGACGAAACAAUGUCGGCGCUGGGUUCCGUUCUGUCCCUCGAAACUUUCACAGUUUUUUCGAAUAAUGUGUGGAAUGAAUUAAUUGUGCAGCUAAAAAUAACUCUCGAACGGCAAAUCGCCCAAUCUCAACAAGACGUUCAAGCCUUCAGUUCGUUGAAAAAUUUCUUUUUCGAUUUAAAAACGUCCUUUGGUGAUACGGAAGAUGCUCAAAUAACGGAAGAAAAUAAACAAAAUCUGCAAUUUUUGGAGAAAGAAUUACAAAAAAGAGGAUGUGCUCCUUUAGAGUUGCUCCAUUCUUACUACAUCACCUUGAAUGAACAACAAGAUGCAGCGAAGGAAACUUUUGGAACACUCACGUUUUCUGGAACCUUCAAUGAAAAUGGAUUGAAUUUGCAUAUCUUGAAUGGACGUAACUUGAUUCCCAAAACCGGUGUCGAAGGAAAAACUGAACCUGAUACGUACGUUGAGGUAGAGUUUUACUUUAAAGAUCCUAGCAAAUAUAAUUUGAAAAGUAUGAAGACCAAGACAAUCGACAAAAAUCAAUUUCCGUUGUACGAUGAAGUGAUGAUAAUACCACUUACCAUGUCUGAACAAAGCCUGGAGGAUACCAUUAUUGUCUUUACGUUAUACGAUCCCGAUUACUACGGAAUGGUUCAAAAUUAUUUGGGAGAGUGUUCAAUAUCGCUGAAGGAACUAAAAGAAGCAGGAAAGCAAGUUAUGCGUAAUUUAUGGAAACCACAUGAUACAACAAACGAAUGUCUCUGGACGUUGAAAAAUCGUACGGACAAGCAAGCACGUGAGCUGUACAAAAGUUUCAAGAUACGAUGUACUCAAAACAAGAAGAAAUCAUCUGUUGCCUUACCUUCGUUAAAUAAUAUUUUUAAGUAAA